UUGUAUCGCGACUUUGAGUGUUAGAGGCACUGAGCAACUCUACGAUGAAUACACCAGAAAGCCAAGAGCUUGACCGGCCGGCGCCGUGGCCACCAUCACCACCGAAGCCUCUGACCUCGAAGCUCUUCACUUUAUUCUCAGUCCUGAUACUCUUCUCAGCAAUUUCAUACGCCAUCAUCACUCAAACAAACCACCACAAGAUCCCCCUCUUAAGAUCCAUCCUCUCCCCCCACCCCAACAUUUUACAACGCCUCCUAAAUUUUCUCACCAUACGAACCCCAAACCAAACCCCUUCAAACACAAACACCGACUCCACACCUCCUCACUGCGUGCUAUGGAUGGCUCCUUUCUUAUCAGGAGGCGGGUACAGCUCAGAAUCCUGGUCAUACAUCUUAUCCUUACAUGAAUUUGCAAAACAUCAGAAAUCCCCAAAAUUUAGCCUCAGAAUUGAGCAACACGGGGAUCUUGAAAAUAUUGAAUUCUGGGAAGGAUUGUCAGUGGAGAUGAGAAAUUUAGCAAUUGAGCUUCAUCAAACUCAGUGUACACUAGAUGAGACUAUCGUGAUUUGUCAUAGUGAGCCUGGGGCUUGGUACCCUCCUUUAUUUGAAACCCUACCAUGCCCCCCAAUUGGGUAUGAGAAUUUCAAGGCUGUGAUUGGGAGGACCAUGUUUGAAACUGAUAGGGUUAGUGCUGAUCAUGUGAAUAGGUGUAACAAUAUGGAUUAUGUUUGGGUUCCUACUGAGUUUCAUGUGGAAACAUUUACGCGAAGUGGGGUUGAUCCUUUGAAGGUUGUUAAGGUUGUUCAGGCUGUGGAUGUGGAGUUUUUUGAUCCAGGCAAGUAUGAGCCUUUGGAUAUUGGUGCAAGAGGGAGUUUAGUGUUGGGGGAAUCGAAUUCGGGGAAAGAGGAGUUUGUUUUCUUGAGUGUUUUCAAAUGGGAGCAUAGAAAGGGAUGGGAUGUAUUGUUGAGGUCUUACUUGAGAGAGUUUGAUAGAGAUGAUGGUGUUGCAUUGUUUCUGUUGACUAAUCCGUAUCAUACCGACAAAGAUUUUGGAAACAAGAUUGUUGAGUAUGUGGAGAGGUCUGAUCUGAAAGAACCCCAUUGUGGUUGGGCUCCGAUUUAUGUGAUUGAUGACCAUAUACCUCAGGUUGAUCUGCCAAGGCUUUACAAGGCGGCAAAUGCAUUUGUUUUGCCAUCUAGAGGAGAAGGUUGGGGUAGGCCUAUUGUCGAGGCAAUGGCAAUGUCUCUGCCUGUGAUUUCCACGAAUUGGUCAGGGCCAACCGAGUACAUGACAGAAGCAAAUAGCUACCCGUUAUCUGUUGAUACAUUCAGCAAAGUUGCAAAAGGGCCAUUCAAGGGGCACCUGUGGGCUGAGCCAUCUGUUGAUAAGCUGCAAAUGCUAAUGAGGCAUGUAAUGACCAAUUACGAAGAGGCCAAAACCAAAGGAGAGCAAGCACAUGUUGAUAUGACGACCAAGUUCUCUCCUGAGCUUGUAGCACGGAUUGUUGCUGACCAUAUACACGGCAUCAUUGAUCGUGCUGAUGAGGAUAUUAAAUAAGUUUGGAAGAAAAUGUGUAGGCACUAAUGCUACAGAAACAUCAUCACUUUACAGGUUUCAGCGAUCUGCUGAAGGAGGUAUUGGAGAUGCCAAAUUGCCAAUAUUAUGUUUACUGAUCGAACCUAGCAGUACUAUUUAUACUCACUGCAGAUGAGUUUCUCUCGUAAGUGGAUAUUUGACUACCAUGGAGCAAAAAAAAUAUGAAGAAAUACUUUAGACCGAUGUGGUCUGUGUUUAUGAAAGAAGUGAAUGGCUUCCCUCUGAUUGUGGAUAAACUGACCAUAGCCAACUAAAAGUCUAAAAGUUCAACUUUUGCUCAAUCAGUGAGCACUUAUGGGAUGAAUCUUCUGUUUAUAGUUGGAAAUAACAAUGAACUACGUAGAGAAAUCAGGGAGAGGCAGAGACCAUAGGAAGGUGCAAAAGGGGCGCUAUAACAGCAAAUUCUGUCAUUAUAUCUGGCAGGUAUUGUUAACAUAGUAGUAUAUUCUAAUUAUUCUUGAUCCCAAAUCUCAGUUUUUUUUUUUCGCUAACAGAAUAAGAAAUUAAUUUUGGAUUCAUAGUGGCACUGAGUUUGGUUGGUCAUUUACUGACAUUGCUUCUCAAUUCAGAUUAUGAAUUCUCUUAGCUGCCAAAAUAUAUUAUGCGGUUUACGAUUUGGAUU